UUCAGGGCGGGGUGACUCCACCUGAUUCUUGAGGGUGGGGCUGGAAGAACAUGGCUGAGGCUCCAGAGAAGAGAAAGAAGAGGAAAAGCAAAAAGAAUCAGGACACAAACCCACCUGAGGCUUUAUCUGCAGCAGCUCCUUCAGUUGUAGAAACAAAAUGUUCAAAUUUUGAGGAAGAAUUGAGCUGGUGCGUGAGACAAUUAGAACUUGGACUCCUUAGACCAAAAGACAAAGGAGGAACUAGCCAGCAGAAGCAAGAAGCUCAAGGCAUACUGAACAAACUCAGAUCAUCAAAGACUCCUCUGCCAAGAAAAAGGCAGCUAAUGAAGCUCACAUUUGGAGAUUAUAGAUCGAAAAUGAAGCAAGAGGAAGAGAAGGUGGAAAGAGAAAGACAGGCCUUCGUUAGAAUUUCUACCGACACAGUUAAGGCUGGGCAGUUUUAUAAAGCAAGUCAGGCUAAAGAUAUUCUUCAAAAAGACAAGGGCGGUGCUAGAUUCAAGUUUAAUUUCCAGAUUGAAGCAGACGAUUAAAAUAAUGAUAACAAAUUUGCAAUUCAAAAUUCAUUCAUUUUUGCAGCAUAAUAAUUGUGUAGAAUUUAAUUUUGGCAAUCAUUAUCAUUGAAUUAUUCAUAGCUUUAUGUUUUUGAUUGUUUCCAAGGAAA